AUGAAAUCAGGCAGGUAUAAUGUACAUUCUGAAAACAGAGACACUGAAGGCACAACUGGUCCACAAACACAGUUACCCCAGGAUGAAGGAAAAGCUCGAAUGUGCAGAGGAAGCAGGUGUUUGGUGUUGAUGACAGUGUGUCUCGGGCUCAUUUGUGUUCUUCUGCUGGUCUUCAUCACACUGCAGCACAUCACCAUCACAGCAGAGAGAGACCUGUUAAAGAGUUACAAGAACACAGUUGAAGAGUUCAAUCACACUAUCAACAGCUUACAGGACAAUUACACUGAUCUAAUGAUUGAUAAAGACCAACUUCAGGACAUCUUCAACUUUGUGAUUCAGAAGAAACUAGAACUGGAAACCACAGUCAGUAAUCUCACUGCUGAAAAAGGCCAGUUACAGGGAAAUGUUGUCUCUUUGAAUCAGACAAAACUGGAGUUAGAGACCAGAGUCAAUGAUCUUAGUGUUGAGAAAAGUCAGUUACAGGGAAGUUUUGAUGCUUUGAAUCAGAAGAAACUGGAGCUAGAAAGCAAAGUCACGUCUUUGAGUGAAGAACUAAACAAAAAAUCAUCUAAACGAUUUUUUUUCCCCACAUCCAGUGAGUUGAAGAGCUGGUCUGAGAGCAGGCAGUACUGUCAGGAUCAUGGUGGUGAUCUGGCCAUUAUCAACACUGAAGCGAAGCAGAGGCACAUAUCUUCAUUUGUAAAGGAGAGUGUGUGGAUUGGAUUGUCUGAUAUUGAGAUUGAGGGCAACAUGAAAUGGGUGGAUAAUUCACCACUGAAUCAAGGGUUUUGGUCCAGCGGUGAGCCGAAUAGCUUUCAUGGCACAAAUGAGGACUGUGUUGAACUGAAUCCUGCAAGAGACCCUUUAAAGAACUGGAAUGAUCUGCCAUGCUCAGAAAUGAGGAAAUGGGUUUGUGAGACUUAACAUCGAUUCCUUCAUCUGCAUGAUAUUUAAUAAG